UCGCAGCGCGGGAGGGGCUUCAACGUCCGCGCACUCUCUGAAAGGACUAGAAAGAAACGAAGGAAACCUUUCAUUUCAUUGACAAUCGUGUUUAGAUUAAUGCCGUGUUCUGAAGAACAUUUCAAACGUUUAGAAUUAAAUGGAAUAAGAAAUAUCCAGAGUGUUUUUGUGUACGAGCGCUACUAGUGCUCUCUUGCGUCGGUUUGGCAAACUGCUGCUCUCCACAGUUAUCACAAUGGCUUCCGUAAGAGACACAGCAACUUUCUUCACUGAGGGUUCUUCAAACCAAUUUGAACAUGUUUUGAAAUUAUAUCCCGAAGCCCUUAGACUCAAGGCUGAAAAGAAGGUCAAGAAGCCCGAAGAACUCAUUAAAUUGGACAAUUGGUACCAGAAUGAACUGCCAAAGAGAAUAAAAUCCAGAGGGAAGGAUGCUCACUUGAUCCACGAAGAAUUAGUACAAACAAUGAAAUGGAAGCAAACACGAGGGAAAUUCUACCCUCAAUUAUCAUACCUGGUGAAAGUAAACACACCAAGAGCUGUCAUGAUGGAAACAAAGAAAGCUUUCCGCAAGCUUCCCAAUUUGGAGCAAGCUAUCACAGCAUUGAGUAACCUGAAGGGUGUUGGAACUACAAUGGCCUCUGCUUUGCUUGCUGCGGCUGCUCCUGAGAAGGCUCCAUUCAUGGCGGAUGAAUGCUUGAUGGCUAUUCCUGAAAUUGAGGGUAUUGACUACACAACCAAGGAGUACCUAAAUUUUGUGCAGCAUAUUCAGCAGACUGUUGAGCGGCUGAAUUCAGAAGGUAACAGUGUGUCAUGGAAUCCCCACAAUGUGGAACUGGCUUUGUGGACACAUUAUGUGGCAACUGAAUUGAAGCCAGAACUGCUAGAAUCUAUUCCUUCUGCUGUCAAAAACGGUAAAUCCCAUCAAAAUGGAGAUGUAGGAUCGACAGACCUUAAAACAGCGGUGAUAGAUCCCAGCUCAGAAGAUAGCAACUUGGACCCAGCUAAUGGAAAAUCUGGUUCCGCCUCAGUAGCAGCUUCUGAUACCAAUGUUGAUGAAAAUUCUACGACUUCAUUUACUGAAGAUUCAAUGGAUAAACCGUUGACUCCGGCAUCAGGUGCGGCUGCUCCAGAAUCGGCCUCAAAUGGUGCUGGUGGGGAGGAAACGAACGACUCUAUUGCUACCUCAGAUUCGGCUACAAAUGACUCCACCGUCGUAGAAACAGCUAAGUUCAGCCAAGAAUCAGCUACAGAAGAGGAAGAGUCAAGAAGCAGUGUCAUUGAAGCUAAAGAGAGCUCCAACAGUGUUGAACCUGCAAGUUUAAAUGAAAAUGUUGAUGUUGCGGUUGAAGUUGAGCCCGCCGAAAAAAGGAAGUCAGAUGAUAGUGAGGUUCCUGUGGCUAAAAAGGCGAAAACCGAACAGGAUGAGGAUGUGAAAACAGAAACCAAUGCAGAAGUUGCAGAAGAAGCCAAGUGACAUUUUCAAAGGACUUGUCACUCUAAACUAUGUAGGAACAACUUGAAUUUAUUUUAUUUGUUUUUCUUUAGUGAGGAAGACCAAGAAUUGGAACUCGAAUAUGGAAUUAACAUGAUUUGGAGUUUUCCCCCUUUUAAAUUAACUGUAUAGGAAAAGUUUUGUAAGAGAACUGUGUUCCUCUCUGAGCAAGCAACAUGGAUGUGUGAAUCUCUCUUGAUUGUAAUCUAAUAUUGGUAGUGCUUUUUGGACAGUCUCCUCAUAAGGAAAAUCAUGUUUGUAUGAAGUGACGGCUCGUGGUGAGAUUUAAUUAUAUCUACGUAUUAAAACAGUGAUAAUUUAAGUGAACGGUCUGCACACGCUCAGCUUACAUCUCAUCAACUCUGAAGGCUGAAAACUGGCAACAUAUUUUUAUAUCUAGCCAGAACUUGAUUGUGGCAAUGUCAUAGGAGGCACAAGAUUGGCCCAGUAUGAUUUUUGUUACUGACCAGUGUGGUUGUGUAAUAGAACAAACUAUUCUAUAUUCCAACUAAAAACCACUUGUCGGAUAUUUUAGUUGAAAUAUAAAUAUAGGAAGGUGCUUAGAUAUCUUUUCUCUACUGAGUUAAUUUUUGAAGUGGGGCUGUUGGGUGGAAUUUUUCUUCACUCUUAAACAAUUUUUGUCCUUAAAUCAUUUUAAGACGGUAUUCAACCAUGUCGACUGAAUUUCAUGUGACAUUCAUAAAGAGGCAAUAUUUCUAUGUUUGUGUGGCUAAUGUUUGAUGUGAUACAUUCAUGAUAAGCAAUUUCAACCUUACAUGACAGAUACCUAGCAUGAUCAGAUAUAAAGCAAUUUCUACUGGUCAGUUAAAUGCUGCUGACUUCCUUAAUCUACUUUUGCAUUAGGUUGCAAAUUUUUUUACUGGCAUUUUCCUUUGUAUCUUCAUUUUAAAUGAUGUACAGUUGGUCAAUAUUAUUGAUUUCUUUUUCCAUUGUGUUCAGGCUUUUAUUUUAAUUAGGUUUAUGUUUUGAUUGGGCUUCUUUUCUCGGCCCUUUUUCCACAAUGAUUUUGUAUUUCUAUGUUAAACAGCUGUUCGUGCAUACCCCAAGGAAAACUCAAUGUUUUUUCUCUUCAGCAGUAUUUUAUGGAUUUGAUUAGGAACUAAUUGACCCUGUAGCUUUCAAUUUUUUUCCUGUCUUAAUAUUCUGAAGCAAUUUGAAAGUGCUGGUUCACUUUUCUUUGCUAGUUGAUCAUGGCAUUAGGUCGGAGUUCAUUUUACUGUCACAUUUCUAUCCAUCAUUGGUACCAUGGGUAGAUACUUGUUGAAGCCAACAACUUUGUUAAGGAGGGUUGUGUUAACAGCAGGUGCUAAUGAUUUGUAUGCUCUUAUCUUUGUCUUGACCCCUCUCUUGUAGAGAUGUAUGCUCAGACCGUUCAAGCUAGCCAAUUUUGAUGGCGCUAAUCAAGUAUGAAAUUUCUUCUCUGCUACACCUGUGUCAACAUUGUUGAAUGCUUAUUUAUUUUUUAGUGUGUGAUUGUAGUUGUUUUGGAAGUCUUGCUUUAGCCCAUCCUCUUUCUUUGAAUGAACAUUCCAUUUGCGUGUGGGUUGGUAUGAAUUAAUUGAUGUGGUCACGCAGACGGUUUGUGUAUUGCGGGUUGCCUGCACUGUCAUCUGGAUUGCCGUUUUGUUCCUCUUCAGGGGAAUUAAAUGUAUCACUGGCAAUGUCCUCUAGUGAUAAUUACUGUUUUUUACUCUGUCUCCUCUCCCCCUCCGGCCUUGAGGGAUCAUUUGUAUAUUUAUUUUUAGUUAAUAGUUGUCUGUCAUACGUAGUUUCCUUAUUUUCACUUGAGUUUUCAGGGUGGAGUGGAGCCAAGAGACGUUACAACCCCCUUGCUUUAGAAUGAAAUUUUCCUGUUUCUAAUUAUUUUUUGAAGUUGAAGCAGCUUAGUCAGUUGACACUUAAAGUGAGUCAACUGUAAAUUUAUCAGGGAAUGUUGGCAGUGUUCAGGGUUAUUCCUCCCAUUUGGGAUCAGUCAUGUUCUUUACAUUGUGUGUUACAAUUUCCUUUUCUAUUUCUUACCUGUAUACCUCACACUUUAACAGGUGACUUGUACCAAAAUGUAUUCUUUGUACUACUUCAGCUUUCUGAAUAUGAUGUGUUGACUUGAAGUCACAUUGUGCCUUCUGCUCCCAAUGGGAUGGAUGAAAAUAAUGUUAUAUAAACAUGUGACAUAAUUUCUGGUGUAAGCAUUUUCAUUGUUAUUGGAUGUGCAUUUUCAUAACUCGAGGUAUACACUGUGUGUUUAAAUACAUGAUUUUAAAAUGAAAUCUUGCCAGUUGUUUUUUUUUCUGUACAAUUAUUUUCUAAUCACAGCUCAGGAUGUUUUCUACUCUGCAAAAAUAGCACUUGUAAUUUUGUUGCACCUCUCUGGGACUAGAGCAAUCAAGAAGCUUUCUGGGGCCAACCUCUGGGUGUAUUCAAAGACAAAAUGCUCAUCUUCAAAAGGCCGUGCUUUUCUAUGAGUGAGCUGCAGUUCUCAAGUUUACAUCACAUCUCAAGAGUACUUCAACUUAAUUUAGUGUCCUAGUUGUACUAUUUAUGUAUGGGAUUUAUUUUCUCUCUUGUAGUGGGAGUAGAUAUACUACCACCAAAUGUAUUGGUCUGUCCACUCAUGUUUGCCAAGUACAUACAUUAUCUGGUUGGAUUCUUUUUUUCUGCACAAACGAUGCAGCAUUUGUUACUAGGUGAAAUGAAGUUUUUGGAAACUGUUGUAAGAAAUUCAUUGGAAUGGUUUGCAGCAUAUUUAUCCAAUGUAUACCAAAUCAAUUUCUUUUGUAUUGGCUCAUAAGAAGUGAUAUUCUUAAAGCACUUAUUUGUACUACUGUAUGAAUGUUUGUGACUGAAAGCCACUCGGCUCUGCCAUUUUAUUUGCAAGACGAGGGUAAAAUUCUUGUUAGUGUAUUUCCAUGAAAUUACUGUACUGAAGGGGGACAGCUUUACUCAAGGUUGCUACAUUGUGUUUGACAAGUAGACUGCGUGUAGGCUUAGCAGCACUUUCGACUUACUUUACUCUUUCAAAAUUGAAGGGGUUGACCUGAUUCUUGAAAUUGUGUACCUCUGUCAUUCCCUCUAGAAUCUAACAGUAGCUGAGCCAAGUAUAGCACAUGCAGAAAUCAAUGUGAAGUGAGAGUGAUACAGAUGCAACUAUUUCAAAAUUUAGAUGAGGAGUUACUAUGUUGUGAUUGGCAGUGAGCUCCUGGAAGUAUUUUUGCCUGAGAUCCUAAGCAUAAAGUAAUAUGGUACAGAGUUCUACCUUCUUUGUACUCUACUAUUUUUUAAUAUUUUAUGACACUUGUAGGAAGCCUUUGAACAAGAAGGGUGGAACAUCAAAGAUCGUUUAAUAAAGAAUGCUACAUGUA